GGUUGCUAGACUACUUUACAUUAAAUAUGGAGUCCUUACCUCCAGGAAUCUUACAGAUCUCAAAUCAUCUCUGUUGAAAUACAAAAGGUGUAAGCAGAUAGAUAUGGAGUCCUUGCCUCUAGGAAUAUGUGAGGGAAUGGAGCACAUAUCAGAGUCCGUGUUUGUGGGACUGUGUGAGAUGGUGGGGACAUCACAACAGGUGACCCUCAGGAGGGAGUCAAGGGACAUCAGUGAGAUGGUGGAGAGACGAGUUACACCCUUUAAUGCGUUCAUCAGGAUGAUGAGUGGAAGUCAGAGAGAAGGAUUCAGACUGAAAGGUUCAGAUCUGGACUUUAUGUUUUGGUAUAACAACCACCGAGUGAUCAUGGACAUGUCUCAGUCUGAGUAUUACAACACAGCCAAUACAACCUUGAUUCUCUCUGACAGUUCUGAGAGUCCACCAGGAUUCACAUUACUUCAGUUACUAACACGAUUCACAUACAAUGCAGUCGAAUCAGCAUUAGUCAUCAUGAACGGCAAAGUCUUUAUAUCUAGUUCUAAGUACAGAAACUUAACUUGUUCAGAAGUAUUUCCUAAUUCUACUGUACAUGGACCCUGUGGUACUGGUAUAGUGGGAAGGACAGAAUAUGAUACUGCUUUCUGUUUUGUUUGUGACUUUUGGCCUUCGUCUGCCUCCUCGUGGAUAGAUAGAUGCCACUCAUGGCCUAAUCCUGAAGUUGUUCAUGAUAUUUUAAGAAGUGGAUGUCACUUUGUAGCAAUAGGACAUCCAUUAGGACCAAAUGAAAACCAAGAGUGGAGAAUUUCUUUCUCACAGGCAGAAUAUAAACUUGUGUAUUCCAUGAACCACAGUCAAUUUUUGACAUACGGAUUGUUAAAAAUAUUUUUAAAAGAAGUUAUAAAUCAACAAUCAGAGGAAACCAAUAAACUGUUGUGUUCCUAUCACAUGAAGACAACAGUUUUCUGGGCGAUUCAACAAAACACACUACCUCACUGGUGUCCACAAAAUCUCCUGGCCGGUUUCUGGAUCUGCUUUAAACUUCUCCUUAAAUGGGUUUAUGAGGGAAUUUGUCCGAACUUUUUCAUCCCACAAAACAACCUGUUUCUGACAAAGGUCCAUGGUUCAGCACAAAACAGAUUGUUUCUACAGUUACAUGAACUGUACAACAAAGGUCUGGCCUGUCUGUUACAAAGUUCUUCUAUCAGGGCCUACAUCAUUGGUGUCCUGUACAAUCCUAAACUUUCUGUUCAUACAGAUGAGAGACUACUUUUAUCUGAAAUUGAUCUUGAUGCAGAACUUUUGAAGGAUCCUACUCCAUUUACUAUAUUUCCUGAAGGACUUACCAAAGCCAUGCAUACAAUAGAACAGUUAUUAGAAUUACCACAUUAUCAGACUGUAACAUUACAGACACUUACAGUCUCCAUAUUUCAGAGUCUUGCCUUUAUAGCAUUAAACAAGUGCACUAACACCGGUGUCAACAAACAGAUGUAUAUUGCAGACAAAAUGUCCUGUCAUAUGCUAUUAAGAGCAACUAAGUUUGGGUGUAUUUCUGACAUGUUGUACAUUGCCAUGUAUUAUUACAGGACACUCAGAUACAGGGAAGCUUUAUCUGUAAUAGAUAUGACAAAGGUCAAGUUAGCACGGCCAUAUCUGAUGUAUUGGAAUGGUGUAGACAAAGAGAGGUAUACUGAGGCUAUGGGGGGACAGUCCUGGUCUACAAAGAUGAGACAGGCUGUGGUUAUGGAUAUCAUACUAAACAACAAAAUUUAUUACAUUAAUGAACUUAUACCAGAACAACAGUAUGCUCUACAGAACAGUAGGUUUGCAUUACGUAUCCCAACGUUUGUAAUGUUACAUUUCCUCGAGGUAUUGUGUUCCAGACACUUUGAUACAACAUUAUCACAGACAGCUCUAUAUGACCUACAGGUCUUAGUCCACCAUGAUCAGGACCUAUUUGUACCUGAUCUACUUCGAGACAUCUCCUGGGAGAUCCUGGGGAUUUGUCAACAGAUCACAGGGAACUUCCAGGCUGCUCUAUACUCAUACCAACAGUCGCUCACACAGCAGCCAAUGAACAGAAUACAAACUGCUACACGGAGGAGAAUACAAGAUAUUGUCAGUCAAACAAACAUCAAUAAUUGAUAGUAAUUUUGACAACCAUCAUACUCAAGAAAGUUUUAAAUUGUAAUGCAUUUCUUACCUUAAUUCUUUAAGAGCCAUUUCAUCUGAUUUAUUAUCUGAAAUCCACAUUUAGUAAGUGUUUUUUGUAUUGGUUUUAUUAGCUUUUAUAAAAUACUUAUCUGAUUUUUUCUGCAAAUUGUUACAUGCUUUUCCAGUUUUAUGGAAGUGGAACAAACGUUAUGAAAGAUUGUCUUUUUUUUUUCAAUGUAUCACAGUAUAUUCUUUUCUUCAUAUUUAUGAUUUGAAAUGUUUUCUUGUUGUGUGUACCUAUAUGAACGGUUACUUACUGGUAACAUUAGACUUGUUAUGCCAAUCCAAAAUUUAAUCUACAUUUAGUCUUUUUUAUGAUGGUUGUGAUAUCAGUGAGAGAGGGACCAAUUCAAGAGCCAGUAUCUCUAAGCAACCAAUCAAAGAGUCGGAGUAUCGCAAACAAAUCAUUGAAUACGCGGACACGGACAAUUCAAAGUGUUUCAUUUUACAAACUGUUUACAGACAUUGCUACAGAAAAUAUUUUAUUCAAAUUUUAAAUCCUUUUCUCAACAGACUACUAGAAUUUAAACUUUAUUUGUAAAACGUCUGAGGACUAAUAAAACUCUAACGCUUUAAUUACUCUGUGUAGAAAUGUCUCAUCCAGUGGUUGAAGAGAGAAAGAGACAGUAGUGCAUCUAUAGAAUGAGUCCAGUUCAUUGUUUAGUUAUUGUAUCAUUGUAUUGAAAAAUGUUUAUAACCAAAUUACUGUAGUUAAAAGAGAUUGAAACAUCGCAGUUUUUGCAAUUGAAUAAAGAUUUGAACAUUAAAUGAGUUUAAAGAUAAAAAAUUAAAAUA